UCUCUCUUUAUCUCUCUACACCCGCACCACACCCGGCCUUUGAGUUCUGGCUUUGCAUUUAGGGCUUGCUCUGCCAACUCUGAUGAAGAUUCUAAUUAAGCACCCAACAGGAGUAGGUGAUGAGACUUCCUAUAUAAGAAGUGAUGUUAGAUUGGCCUAGAAGAUCCAGAGCCAGAAACAAAGCUAGUUGCAGCAAAAGGGUUUUAGUUUUGAGUUCUGCUAGCUCCAUCAUCAUCAAUCAUGGCUUCAUCAAACAGACACUGGCCUAGCAUGUUCAAAUCCAAACCCACCCACCACCAAUGGCAGCAUGACGUAAUCAAUCCCUCUAUCGUGCCAAACGGUUCAUGCCACAGACCCCCAUACACAACCACAACGGCUACAACAUCAUCAGGGAUCGAAGAUCAAAGGACUCCGGAGCCAAAGCCGCGGUGGAACCCUCGGCCGGAGCAGAUUCGAAUUCUGGAAGCUAUUUUCAACUCCGGGAUGGUGAAUCCUCCGAGGGACGAGAUAAGGAAGAUCAGAGCUCAGCUCCAAGAGUACGGUCAAGUCGGUGACGCCAAUGUCUUCUACUGGUUCCAGAACAGAAAAUCAAGGUCCAAACACAAGCUUCGCCUGCAGCACAUUAACUCAAAGCAACAGCAACAAUCCCAUAAACCAUCACUGACUGCUGCCCCUUCAUCUUCUUCUUCAUCUUCGGAAAGAUCCUCUCCCAACAAACAGCAGCAGCAGUCAAACAAGGCCUUCUCUAUGGGGUUCUCCUCACCACCACAUGUUGUUACUACUCAUGAUGUUUCCAACAUUAACUCACCGACCGCUUCGGUCAAUCAGACAUCCUUUUUCCAUGCUCUUCCCAACCCUGAGGUCUUGCCUGAAUCAGCCUACUUCUUUCCGGUGAACAACCCUUCUUCUACCAACGGGCCGGUAGCUAGUGGUAGUUUUAGUACUACGCAAGGGUUUUGCUUUUCCGAGCUCGCGAAUGUGGUUCAUGUGAAUAAUAGUCCCGAUCUUCAUGGGCCUUGUACUAGUCUUUUGCUUAGUGAGAUUAUGAACAACAAUGGGAUGGCCUCAAGGAAGAAUGGUCAAGAUCAAGAGAUGAAGGGCACCAAGAUGGACCAACUGCAACAACAGCUCAAUUACAAUGGCGCUGUCACCACUUCUCCAACAACUACUGGUGCCGUUAACGUUGCUGUUCCAUCACCCAUGACUCACAUUCAAGGUGUUGGUGAAGCUGGUGCUGCAAUAAUGGGAGCGGGAGGUGCGGCGAAAUCCAUGGUGUUCAUAAACGACGUCGCAUUCGAGGUGGCUGCGGGACCCUUCAACGUGCGUGAGGCUUUCGGAGACGACGCCGUCCUCAUUCACUCCUCUGGUCACCCUGUUCUCACCAAUGAGUGGGGAGUUACCCUUCACUCUCUUCACCACGGCGCAUUUUAUUACCUCAUUUAGGAGAUGGAUCUGUGGAAGCUGGCUAGCUAGGGUUUCUGAGUCGCAUGUCUUGUUUCUGUCUUUGAAUUUCUCAACAGCUUGCUAGGGUUCAACAAUAUUAAUAGGGCAUCAAGUGUAUGGGUCAAUCUUAGGCUAAUUAGUUUCAAAAGUUUGUACUACUGGCAUGG